GGGGAUGUAUUCUCGUGGCGCAACAGGUCCCUCUCACUGUCUCGCUGCACUCGACGCACACGUGGAGGCUCCCCGCUCCACCCGUCGCACUCGCACGCUCCUCUCCUCAGCACCGCCACGAGCCGGCGCGGAUGCCGAGGCGGCCGCCCGCCCGCCACCCGUGACCGGCGGGCCCGAUGAACCCCCGCCGCCCCGGCCCCCCCUCCUCCUCCUCCAGCAUGCAAUGGCUUAAUCGGAGAGACAUGAGCAUCCGGAGUGGGGACGGCGUCACGCUGUGCCAGAGGGCUCUGCAGAUCGUCACCGAUCUUUGCCUCACCGGACACGUGGACCGUGAGAAAUGUUCGGAUAUUUUCCCCCUGGAGAGCGGCGGAGGCGGCAUCGGCGGCAUACCGGCCAAAGGACACGCAGACGUCUCCAUCAGCCUCCUGGCCGUGGUGGUGGGCUUCUGCGGCCUGGCCCUGCUGGCCGUGUCACUCUUUGUCUUUUGGAAGCUGUGCUGGCCCCUCUGGAGGAGCAAGGCGAUGACGGUGCACAGGGGGAACAACGCGGGGCUCCGAGUCGCCUUCCCCGAGGCGCCUCCCGACGAGUCGCCGCCGUUGCCCGAUAAAACGGCGCCGGCGGAGGAAAAGAUGAAGCAGUCGCCCGAGGUGAAGCCCAACGGACGCAGCACGGUCAAGCUCCUGGAGGCGGCCAUGAAGAUCAGCCAGACGUCGCCGGACAUCCCGGCCGAGGUGCAGACCACCAUCAGAGAGAAGCUGAGCCACCAGGCCAAGAUCCAGAGGCAAACCACCGAGCCCACGUCGUCUUCCAGGCACAACUCGUUCCGCCGCCACCUGCCGCGUCAGAUGAACGUCAACAGUUUCGACUUCAGCGUGGACGCGGUGCCUUUCCGCCAGUCGUCCACGGCCAGCAUCGGCAGAAUCAAACCGGAGCUCUACAAGCAGAAGUCGGUGGACUCGGAGGGCGAGCCCAGAGAGCCCGCCCAGACUUGCGGAAAGCUCAGCUUCGCGCUGCGCUACGACUACGAGGAGCAGGCGUUGGUGGUGAAGAUCCUCAAAGGCUUGGACCUUCCCGCUAAAGACUUCACGGGAACCUCCGACCCCUACGUGAAGGUCUACCUGCUGCCGGAGAGGAAGAAGAAGUUCCAGACGCGGGUCCAGCGCAAGAACCUGAACCCCACGUUCGACGAGAGCUUCCGUUUCCCGGCGGCGUACGACGAGCUGUGCAACCGCAAGCUGCACCUGAGCGUCUACGACUUUGACCGCUUCACCAGCCACGACAUGAUCGGCGAGGUGGUGGUGGACAACCUCUUUGAGCUCUCUGACCUUUCUCGCGAGGCCGUGCUGUGGAAGGACAUCCACGCCGCCACCACGGAGACGGUGGACUUGGGGGAGAUCAUGUAUUCGCUGUGCUACCUCCCCACAGCGGGGCGGAUGACUCUGACCGUCAUCAAAUGCCGGAACCUCAAAGCCAUGGACAUCACAGGCUCUUCAGAUCCGUAUGUAAAAGUCCAUCUCAUCUGCGAGGGACGCAGGCUGAAGAAACGCAAAACCACCACCAAGAAGAGCACUCUCAACCCCAUCUACAACGAGGCCAUCAUCUUCGACAUCCCCCCGGAGAAUGUGGAACAAGUCAGCCUCUCCGUCAUGGUGAUGGAUUACGACCGGGUCGGACACAACGAGGUGAUCGGCGUGUGCCGGGCCGGGCCUGACGCCCAAGGCCUCGGACGGGAUCACUGGAAUGAAAUGCUGGCCUACCCGCGGAAGCCCAUCACCCAUUGGCACGCCCUGGGAGAGUGGCCCGGAAGGGGGGCGAGCUUCGAGAGUCAAGCUUCGUGCCCGUCGCCCAAACCGCCGCAGACGCCGUGAUGCCCCUUCCGUCCAUCACAUGAAGGCAACUUUCAGCCUUCUACUUUCUUCUACUUUUUUUCCCCGCACUUGACUCUGGAACGGCACAAGGUGUAAGGGCUCCACGGCUCUGUGCCAUAAAAGCAUUUAUAGGGUCAAGAUAAAAAAAAAAGAAAAAAAAUCGAUAUCUCACAGCGUGCGUCAAAACACGAGCAGAGAUGAGGAGAACGUAGCAGAGACAUGUAGCAGACAAAUAGAUGAAAAAAUAUACACGAGAUGGUAUUUAUUUAUAUCUAUAUAUUUACACGUAACUACUCCUAAGCUGUAGUGGAUUCUUCAGUCUACAAUCACGGUUCCAGUGCAAAGUGAAGUGAUUCUAGUGUGCUUUGGUUCCACCCGAACAACUCGACAGUACAAAAUAGCACCUCGUCGUGCGUGUGUACAGUGCAGUGAAUUAUAUCAAUGGAUGUUUUCAUGUGGACGAGAUUUCAUGUAUCCGUGAGUGAGGAAAUAAACGUAAAUAAAAAAAACAAAAAGAGCUCAGGAGAGCAAUUAGCACAUCCGCUACUCUGGGCCUGGAUGCUAAGCUAAGCUAACAAUGUGAACGUUUUAGUCAAGUUUUUGUCUUUGAUCAACUCAUGUAAGACUAUAAUUCGUUUCACUGGACUUGUGCGAUUUGUUGUGGGUUUAAAAAAAAAACUUUUAUGGCUCCCUCUUGAGGUUAAACGUGGGACUACAGAAAACUUGCUAUCUUAAUAGCUUUACAAAUACAUACGUUCUUCAAUUUAUUUUGGUAUUUGUUGUACAGCACCUGUUAUGGGUUAAGUGUGUGUGUGUGUGGGGGGGGGGGGGGGGUAAAGCCAUUGAAGAUGUACGUUUAUUUUUUUCACACAAAGCCAUACAAGUGUGUGAUGCAUCCACGACAAUGUCUUGUCAGUAAUAAUAAAAAAAAACAACAACAAGGCUAUGUACUGUUAUAUUAGCACAAGCACAUGAUACGUGCAACUGCCCUUCAUGUUCCAAAUCCAGAUUUUCUUCUGAGCAUGCCUCUCAUGUACUGAUUUCAAAUUGUUUCGACUUGUAUAUUGUUUGGUGACAUGUUUCUUACGCGUUGGGUACCGCCACAUCAUGUCAGGACAGUUUGUGAGAACUUUUGUAACUCAAAGUCCACAUUUGGAACAUUAUUUAUUGUAUCAGUUUCAUAUGGAUUUUAUCAAAAUAAACCGACAUGUAUGUCAAACCUGAA